GUGGCCUCAAGCUUGGGACAGGUGAUAUCUUGUUUCCUCACCCCCCUCCCUCGAGCUCCAUCCAACCUUCCUCAAAUUCCUUACCGUAGUCCGUGAUCACGAUUAAGUCCCGCUCCACGUCUGCUAUCAUCGAGAUCUGCAAACUAAGCCAAUUUUCUGGCCUCCGACAACGAACGGCACGCUCCAACUACACCCUGCAACUCCCAUUGUGAGAAUUCUGGUGGCGAUAGUUACUGUUCUCUCGCGCCGCCAUGGAUAUCGAAGCUCUCAAAGAGCAGUGGUCAGAGGUCGAGGACCGAGAUGGUGUACGUCUGAGUUGGAAUGUCUUUCCCAGCUCUCGAAUGGAAGCUUCACGGCUUGUUGUACCGAUCGGCGCAUUGUACACCCCUCUGAAGGAGAAGCCUGACACCCCUCUCCUGCAAUUCGAGCCUGUAAUCUGUAAACAGCCUUGCAGAUCUGUCCUGAAUCCUUUCUGCCAAGUGGAUGUCCGCGCACGUCUUUGGAUCUGCCCUUUUUGCUUGUCAAGAAACCCCCUCCCCCCGCACUACAAGGACAUUACAGCCAAUGCGAUACCUCCCGAGCUACACCCUUCAAAUACCACGAUUGAGUACAGGUUAUCCAGACCAGCUCCAAGUCCGCCGAUAUUCCUGUAUGUUGUAGAUACCUGCCAGGAAGAAGACAGCUUGUCCGCGCUGAAGGAGUCGUUGAUCUUGAGCUUGAGCCUCUUACCCGAAAAUGCCUUGGUGGGCCUUGUAACUUUUGGUACUAUGGCCCAAGUCCACGAAAUUGGCUAUACCGAAUGUCCAAAGUCAUAUGUAUUCCGAGGCAGCAAGGACUAUUCUGCAAAGCAGGUUCAAGAAAUGCUUGGGUUGACUUCCCCUGGUUUGCGACCUGGCAUGCAGCAGCAACAGCCUGGACGACCAAUGCCCCCAAUGGGUCCGGCUGCCAGAUUUUUGUUGCCAGUGCAGCAGUGCGAAUUCCAGCUGACCAAGGCUCUGGAGCAGCUUCAAAAAGACCCUUGGCCAGUGGCCAGUGACAGGAGAAAUCUUAGAUGUACCGGAGUUGCUUUGAGCGUUGCUGUUGGACUUCUGGAAUCCUCAUUUCAGAACGCUGGUGGACGAAUCAUGCUUUUUGCUGGCGGGCCAGCCACCGAGGGACCAGGUUUAGUGGUUGGACCAGAGCUCAGAGAACCAAUUAGAUCGCAUCACGACAUUGAUCGCGACAAUAUCAAGUACUACAAGAAAGCAUUGAAGUUCUAUGACAAUCUUGCUAAGAGGACGGCGCAUAAUGGACACAUUAUCGACAUCUUCGCUGGUUGCUUGGAUCAAGUGGGCCUUUUAGAAAUGAAGGGUCUCUCGAACUCCACUGGCGGCCAUAUGGUGCUGACAGAUAGCUUCACGGCAUCUAUGUUCAAGCAAUCAUUCGUUCGGAUCUUUGAAAAGGACGCGGAUGACAACCUUCUCAUGGGGUUUAAUGCUUCCCUGGAGGUUCUGACGACCAAAGAACUUAAGGUCACUGGGUUGAUUGGACAUGCAGUAUCCAUGAACAAGAAGUCGACAUCUGUAGGGGAGACGGAAUGCGGUAUCGGCAACACGUGUUCGUGGAAGAUGUGUGGUAUCGAUCCGAGUGCCAGUUAUGGAAUCUACUUCGAAAUUGCCAGUCAAGGAGGCCCGACCCAACACCAGCAAACUCCACAAAAGGGCAUGAUGCAAUUCUUAACCUAUUAUCAACACUCCUCUGGACAGUUUCACCUUCGAGUCACAACAGUCUCCCGAAACCUGAGCGGCCCGGCAGGUGAUCCUGCAAUCGCGCAGUCAUUCGACCAAGAGGCCGCAGCUGUUCUCAUGUCUAGGAUAGCAGUUUUCAAGGCUGAAGUUGACGAUGGCCCAGAUGUUUUACGAUGGGUGGAUCGAAUGCUCAUUCGACUCUGUUCUCGAUUUGCCGACUAUCGUAAGGAUGACCCAUCGUCGUUCCGGCUCGAAAAGAACUUCACCCUCUAUCCCCAAUUCAUGUUCCACUUGAGGCGGAGUCAGUUCCUCCAGGUUUUCAAUAACUCGCCCGACGAAACUGCCUUUUACAGGCAUGUUCUCAACCAUGAAGAUGUCAGCAACUCGCUCAUAAUGAUCCAACCGACAUUGGAUUCAUACACAUUCGACCAAGAUGGGAGCCAGCCAGUUCUUCUUGACUCAACAUCUAUUCAACCUACCCACAUACUUCUCCUUGACACAUUCUUCCACAUCCUGAUCUUCCAUGGCGAAACUGUAGCAGAAUGGAGGAAAGCCGGGUACCAAGAGCAGGAAGGUUAUGAGAACUUCGCUUCACUACUAGAGCAACCAAAGGAGGAUGCCAGGGAUCUCAUAACGGAUCGUUUCCCGCUCCCUCGGUUUAUCGUUUGCGAUGCUGGUGGAUCGCAGGCACGUUUCUUACUCUCCAAGCUGAAUCCAUCGACAACACACACCACCGGUGCUUGGGGUGGUGUGGGGGCACAAACAGCGCAGACCAUCUUCACCGACGAUGUCUCAUUGCAGACAUUCAUGGAUCAUUUGAUGAAGUUGGCCGUGAGCGGAACGAAUUAAAUUUGGAGAGAAUACAACGGGGCGUAGGACAUUAUCACUUGCAGCACUCAAGUGGAAUUUGGACUCAAGAUCUUUGAACAGGAGCCGUCUGCGUCGUGCGCAUCAGUGUAGAUUAGCACCCUGGCAGACAAUAAACACUAGAGAGACCCAGCGUAGGGAAGCCAAUUCAGAGUGAGAGAGAGAAAUAUCGCGAGAGAUAGCGCCCCUGAAUUAUGAUUUGCGCAGCUAGAUUGAGGUGCUAUGAAUCACUCACAUGCUGUCUAC